AAAUUCCCAGAAGGGCGUCGGCAAUAUGGACUGCCGUCAGGUGAGUGAUCUUCUUCGGUUUCCUCAUUAGCCGGAGUUCAGCUUUCUCUUUCUUCCCAUUUUCAGUUAUCGAUCGCUUAAUUCCCAUUUUCUUUCCUCCAUUUUCACUCCCAUUUUCUCUUCAAUCUUCUUCUAAAUUCCUUCUGUAAAUCCAAAUCUUCUCCCCAUUUCUACCACUGCAAUGUAAUGUAAUCUAAUCUGAUUCUCUCCAUCCUCCGACGAACUCUUCACCCUGCGCUCAUUCGAUUCAAAACCACGCUCUCCACUGCCCGAUCACGAUUUCUAGGGUUUCUGCUUCAACUUCCGAGUUCGCAUUUGCCUUGUAAUUGUUUGCAUUGUUGUUUUUUUGUUCUCUCUCUCGCAUUCUCUACCGGGCUUUUGCGUUUUCUUCAUUCGGAAUACGGGACCUUAGGGGAAUUUCGACCAUGGAUAUUGGUGUUAUUAUGCUCGUGUAAUUAGGCGGGAGCUGGGGUUGAAUGGGAGUGGCGAAAUCUUGGAGGUUUAGCUUGAUAUCAGCGAACCUGGCUCUGUUACAGCCGCAGAAUAGUGGGAAUAGUUAUGCCAUUAGUAACAAGAAUGUACUGUCGAGAUCAGCGUCGACGCAGAGGAAGACGACGUUCUCCUGGUCGGUGUUGUGUGGCGUGAUGCUAUUUGCGUUAGGUUUAAUUUCCUUGUUCACGGGCCAUGUCGCUUCUGAUCUUGAAUGGUACUCUCAGCACUUAGUUAACAGGAGGCUCUACUCCAGUCUGGAUGGAGCAAGUCGCAGGCCGAUCAAUAUCUGGGAAUCUAAGCUUUCGAAGAACUAUUAUGGAUGCAGCAAAAGAAGCCCAGGUUUUGCUCCUGCUGUUAAUGAGAAGUCAUCAAAUGGCUACUUGCUUAUUGCAACCAGUGGAGGCUUGAAUCAGCAGAGAACAGGAAUAACAGAUGCUGUGGCAGUUGCCCGAAUCCUUAAUGCUACACUUGUGGUACCUGAGUUGGAUCAUCAUUCCUAUUGGAAGGAUGAUAGUGACUUUGUCAACAUUUUUGAUGUUGGUUGGUUCAUUUCCUCCCUCUCAAAAGAUGUGACUAUCGUUGAAAGAGUUCCUGAUAAAGUCAUGCGUUCAAUGGAGAAACCUCCCUAUACCAUGCGCGUCCCUAGAAAAUCAGAGCCUGAAUACUAUCUUGAUCAAGUUCUCCCUAUACUUUUAAGGAGACGUGUUGUCCAGUUGACAAAGUUUGAUUAUAGGCUUUCAAAUAUGCUUGAUGAAGAGCUACAGAGGUUGCGCUGUCGAGCUAAUUAUCAUGCCCUGAAAUUUGUAAAACCUAUAGAAGAUCUUGGUCACAGACUUGUGAAGAGAAUGAGAAAGAUGGCAAAACGUUACAUUGCCAUUCACUUGAGGUUUGAGCCUGAUAUGCUAGCCUUCUCCGGAUGUUACUAUGGUGGAGGUGAAAAGGAAAGGCGUGAACUGGGUGAAAUAAGAAAGCGAUGGACAACACUACCUGAUGUAAGUGAAGAGGAAGAAAGGAAGAGAGGGAAAUGCCCACUUACUCCCUAUGAAGUGGGUCUGAUGCUACGAGCACUUGGUUUUAAAAAUGACAGUUAUAUUUAUGUUGCGUCUGGUGAAAUCUAUGGUGGAGAGGAAACUCUGAACCCUCUUAGAGAACUUUUUCCAAAUUUCUAUACCAAGGAGAUGCUUGCUGAGGCAGAGCUGAAACCCUUUCUUCCAUACUCUUCCCGUCUUGCUGCCAUCGACUACAUUGUAUGCAAUGAGAGUAACGUAUUUGUCACCAAUAAUAAUGGAAACAUGGCAAAGAUUCUUGCUGGCGAGAGGAGGUAUUCAGGUCAUAAAAGGACCAUUAGGCCAAAUGCAAAAAGACUCAGUGCUUUGUUCAUGGAGAAGAACGAGAUGGAUUGGGAUACAUUCGCCAGAAAGGUGAAGUCUUGCCAGCGAGGGUUCAUGGGUGAGCCCGAUGACUUGAAACGCGGUAAAGAAUUUCAUGAAUUUCCUGACUCCUGUAUUUGCGAGAAACCUUUCACUGAAAAAAAGAACGAAGCUGGAGGCAUUCAUCAUGAUUUGGAAUGGAGAAGUAGUCAGGGAUUAUUGGAAAGGAGAAACUUGGUGGAGCCCAUAACUUCUCCAGAGUAUUAGACAGUUUUUUUCCAGGAUGAAAAACGCAUAGAUCAAAAGGUGAGAGAGCCAUCUCUCUGGGGCCAUAGCAUCUUCGUCCAUGGCGUAGAAAGUUCGAUCGGCCCUAUCGGCUUCAUCCAUGGUAUAGGAAGUUUGAUCAAUUGUUCAUAACUUAGUUUUUGCCAUAAUUUCUAAGGUAUAUAUAGAUGUGUAGUUCUGUUCAAAACCUGCUGCUGCUCUAGUCUUUUAUGCGCAAGCUAACACCCCCACUCCACCCUCUCUUGAUUCAUUUUAUUUGAUUGUGGAAUUAUGAUGUAUGAACUGAACCCAUGUGACAUGAUGCUACGACUGGAUACAGCUCGAGUCGAGAACGUGCUGCCAAAUUGUGGCAAGCAUUACUGACUUCACGUGAUCGAGCCCGUCAGGUACUUGUGAGCCUAAGGUAAUAUUGGUAUUUUGAUCUUUGUUUUUCAUCUAUGUAACUUGUAAUUUUAGAGAAUUUUUGUUUACAAGCAAACAUAAUGGAUCAUUUUAGUUUCCCCCAA